UCUCUCUCUCUCUCUCUCUCUCACGCUCUCUCUCUCACGCUCUCUCUGCGUGAGGAUGUGCGGUGCGCUCGUCUGUUCAUUGUGGUCAAAACACCACAGCGUCAGGUCUGGUUUUAUGCAUUUGUUCUGCGGAGAUGCCUACUUCGUUAUGCGUAAAGUUUUCCACACUGAGCCUAAGUGGUGAGGCAGCAUGAGGUGACCUGCGUUAGCUGCAGUAUCCAGUCAGCCAGCAGCAUGGCAUACCCAAUGCUCCUCCCCCCUCUCCCACCCGCUCCCCCCAACUGCUCGACCGCCUUAGAGGAGCGCAACUGCUCUUUCGCUAACCUGUCAGCGAUCACAGCUUAUGGCAGUGAUGAGUGUGACAGCAACAAGACUCUCUUUGUCAUCAUGGCGAUAGCCUACAGUGCAGUGGCCUUGCUGGGCGUGGUAGGCAACCUGGCUCUUAUCCUUGCCAUCAUCCGACAACGAGAGAUGCACAACGUCACCAACGUCUUGAUUGCCAACCUCUCGCUGUCGGACUUGUUGAUGGCGUUGGUGUGCCUGCCCUUCACCUUCGUCUACACCUUUAUGGACCACUGGGUGUUCGGGGAAAUUCUGUGCAAGCUCAAUGGACUGGUCCAGUGUUGCUCAGUAACCGUCUCCAUCUUCUCACUGGUUCUCAUUGCCAUGGAGAGGCAUCAGUUGAUCCUGCAUCCUCGUGGCUGGAGACCCACAACACACCACGCCUGCAUAGGCAUCGCUGCCAUCUGGACUCUAGGGCUGGCCACCGCUGCCCCCUUCCUGCUGUUCUCCAUGGUAACGGACACCCCACUGACACAGCUCCCGCCGGAGAUGAGGGAGCAGUUCCAUGGGAAGGUGGUGUGUGUGGAAGCCUGGCCAUCCAGGAGCUUCAAACUGACCUACACCACGUCCAUGCUCUUCCUCCAGUACAUCACCCCACUCCUCUUCAUAUUUGUCUGCUACUACAAGAUCUACACGAGUUUGCGUCGACGGCGGAACAUAAUGGAGCGCGUGCGCGAGAGCCGCCAGCGGAGCAGCGAGAUGCGGCGCAUCAACGUCAUGCUCUUCAGCAUCGUGGUGGCCUUCGCCGUCUGCUGGAUGCCUCUCAACGUCUUCAACGCCAUCAUCGACUGGCACCACGAAGCCGUCAUGAACUGCACGCACGACCCCCUCUUCUCGCUCUGCCACCUGCUGGCCAUGGCCUCGGCCGGGGUCAACCCCGUCUUCUAUGGCUUCCUCAACCGCAACUUCCAGCAGGACCUCCGCGGCUUCCCGCUCUGCCGUCUGGGCCGAGGCCGGCCGCAGGAGGAGUACGACACGGUGGCCAUGUCCACCAUGCACACCGAGGUCUCCCGCACCUCGCUCAAGCUCGGCACAUUGGACACCUGAGGCCAGACUAUACACAUUCAGCUUUGGCUGACUGGUUGUGUGUCCGUUCAGGCGUGUCCAUGUGUGUGUGUGUGAACUUGUGUGUGAAAGUCGCAGCACUUUAGAGAGAUUGUCUUAGUAAACCUCACAUCAGACUCUGAGCUCUGAAUGACUUGUAAGCGUGUGCUCUGAGUGGAGCUUAGACACUGUAUGUGAGGAGACAGAAGGAUGAAGACAUCAGUAAUAAUUCAGAUCUGUGGGUGAUGCAGAUAUUUAACCCAUUUGUGCUGGAUGCUGCACAAGCAACAUUCUAUCUCCCGCCUGUUGCUGCACAGCGCAACAUUGAAUCUCCCGCUGGUUGCUGCGUAGCGCAGCAUGCUUUUUAUUUCAUGUUUCUAGGUGUACAGAGGCUUAGAUAUUAAGGUUUUGGUAGACGUUGACAAUUCUUAGUAUUUUUUCAGAAAACCCUUAGGAAAUAAGGUUGUUUAGUCUAGAAUGCCAUAGGAUUCUAUAGGCGUUUGUAGCAGGCAUUUCAGGAGUAAAUGGGCUAACAGCAGCAUACAUGCUAAAGUUCUCUCUAGCUGGAUUGAGUGAGUUACGAGCAUCCAUAGCAUAACUCUGUGUCAGGAGUAAGACGAGUUUUGUCAGGCACACAUCAGCUCGUUCAUCGAUUAAACUGAAGUUCAUGAUGAAUUUCUACUGUUAAUUGGCACCAGCAGGAUUCACUGCCACUAAUGACUUCUGCUGUGUGAUUUAUGUCACUCAUCCUGUCUUUGCCUGUCAGCUUGUAGUGUGUGUGUGUGUGUGUGUGUGUGUGUGUGUGUGUGUGUGAGAGAGAGAGAGAGAGAGACAGAAAGAGAGAGAGAGAGAGAGAGAGAGAGAGAGAGAGAGAGAGAGAGAGAGAGAGAGAGAGGAGGUUGAAAAGUGGUGGUCACCACUUGUCCCCUGCUCCCUUGACCUUAAUGCAUCAUUUUGAUGCUGAAAUGAGAGGAACCUGACAGAAGGCCCACAGGAAUGUUUCUCUUCUGCAGUCCUAUGUAGAACACCAAUGCUCUCUUUCUUAGGAGCUCGCUGAAUGUAAAAUGUAAGAUAUCAAGAUUGUUAUAUGUUGUGAUAGCAGUGUUUUCAUUCUGAAAAGGAGCCAAGUUGUUCAGCUUUCACUUCAACUGCUGAAAGAAUUAGUCUCUCUGACUACCUCGACACAAGAAUUACAGAAAAGCUUCAGAAGACCUGCACAUUAUUGUGUACUAGCCACAUUCAGGUGUUAGAAGAUAACAGAGGAGUUUCAAUGUAGAUCUCCUGGAGACCUUAUGCAUCACUUGCCAAGACAAAACAGACAGUAGCUAUAAUGUAUUUUAAUGACGUGAGUGUGAGUCUGUGUUUCCCCCUAAUGUAGACUGUUUUACUUGAAAAAGGCUUUGCAGAUUUCAUGAUGCAGCUUUUGAUGUUUGAACUCUCAAAGCAUUAAAAUAAUAUUGAAUUGUUGUAAACAAGUAAGCAUCUUGGAUAUAGACACAUGCAGCUCUGCAAAGCCCAUGCUUGGUUUCACUGUACAUUGUUGUCAUGUGAUGUUGACAUAGCCAACAAAAUACUGAAGUGUGCAAAUGUUUGUGUUACUAUUCAUAAAUGUAUAACAGUUUUCUGCUGUUAGAAGAACACUUUAAAUGAAAGUGUAACAGUGCAUUUAUCAGUUCUUAAAGAUAAGCUUGCCAAUGAUCCAGGAUUUUCGGUCAGGCUUGAUCCGGGCUGAAGAGGUUUUUGUUUGCGUCUGUGCCAAAGCAAUGUUGGAGGAUCCUGAGUCAAAUGAGGUCAUUCACUUUGAUAUGAAACAGUAAAUAUGGAGCGGAAUUUCUGAAAGCUCCAGGCCACGGGACACGUGUUCUUCAGAGGCCUAGCCCACGGAGGAUGUUUAAAACAUAAAGCAAAGGCCAUCAGCGACUGUUUGGACAGACUCCACUCUGAUGUUGGAUGUUAUGUGCUGGCGGUGUUACCCACACCUAUUUGUGUCCUCACACACCCCAUUGACACAGAUAGGUGGAGUUCAGAGCCUCAACACAGAUUGUGCCUUUUAGAGGUAGUCCUUUUUUACUUACUUAAAAAAAGAUCAUUUCAGAUAUCUUCAUCUGCAGUGGCAAGGCUUACAUGUGAAUAAAUGUAUAUAAACACAUUCAGAGAAAAGUUACAUCAGUCUUAUGUUUCACAAAAUAUUGCAUAUAUUUUAAUUUUUUCUUUCUGAAAAAAAAAGCCAUCUUACAAAUGAUGGUAUUUUGUGUUUUGUUUUAUGGGCUUCGUCAUAUCGGGCUGUGUGCUGUUUUGAAUGAUUUCCAAAUUUAUGUUUGUACUGACUUGCUUUUUUCCAUGUUACUCAAAAAAGCCGCUGGACAUGCUAGAAGCCAGACAAGAAAACACUUACAAUAAUAGCUGACAGAGCACUCUCUCUCUCUCUCUCUCUCUCUCUCUCUCUCUCUCUCUCUCUCUCUCUCUCUCUCUCUCUCACACACACGCACGCACGCACACACACACACACACACACGCACACGCACGCACACACACACACACACACACUAUGGCUAGCCCUAUCUUCACAUUGGGUCAGUCUGGUUAUGUGUCUGUUCAGACACACCAUUUUAAUCAAUUGUCUUAUUUUACAAUCAGGCAGAGUGACUGGCUUAGGUGUCUCUCUAUGAAGUCUUUUUCUUAUUUAAAGGCAUAUACAGUAUAUCCCCUCUAUAUUGGAUAGGAAUGUUAGAGUGCAAUUGGAUGGUGGUGUGUUUACAUUGUAUGUUGGUCAGUGUUUUCUAUUAAAAUAUUUGCUUGUAAUAUUUUGA